CAUUAGCGUGCACUGAAAACGGGAUUAAAUGUUUGAUUACAAAAAGUCUACGAUAGAAUACCUUGUGAGAAGACUGCCUGGUCAGGGAUGUUGUGUAUUGCCUGAAUGCUUUCAGUUGAUGAGUAGAUGAUAGGAACCGCCUGUGUGUAGGAUGUUUGUGCUCUAUCGGAGAGUUUUCAAGGAUUACCAAAGAUAACACGGAUUAGUAGAGGAUAAUUACCUGGAGUUCACACAUCUUAGUACGCGGGACCUCAGAAGUAAGAGUUUGUUUGCAGAUCGGGACAAAGAUGACCGUCAUCAACAUGUAGACCACCAGAUGGACGAGCAUAGUAAUGACCAUCGCCAUGGAAACAAAAGGAAGCCUGCCGUCCACAAAUCUUCAAAGUCUGGAGCGCACCCUCAGGCAAGUGGUGUCCAUGGUUACAUUAGUCGACGGUCAUCUGAGCCACAAUUGUCCACCAGAGGGAGGGACAUGUCAAGAGAGAGAAAGGAUAAGGUCAAGUCUUCGAAUCAUCAUUUACAAGAUGGCAAGAAUCAUGCAGCAAGCCAGAAAGGGGACAGAAACUCUGUCAGACAAAACUUUGACUCGAGUGACGGAUCAGAUGACCAGGACAUCAGCAACAAAAGAGAUUCUGGCAGGAGUAGCCGUGCCGAGAGAUCAAAGAAGUAUGCCACCUGGGACAAAAAUAUGCAGAAACGACGAGCCAAACUGCAGCAGCUGCAACAGGAAGGGCAGACAACAGCGGAUGAUUCCUUCAUCAGCAAGAAAGGGAGAGAACUCCCGGAAAGCUAUUACAAAUUGUCAAGGAGUAUCUCUACAGACCUGGCAACUCUACGCAACAAGACACAGAUGCUGCAGGCAGCCAGUAUGUAUAACACAAGCAAAGAUAUGUCCUCAGCACCUUAUACCCAUAUCUCAAAAUCUUCUUCCCAGAGUCAAAAGACUUCAAUCAACAAUCAUUGGCAGACGUUUGACCAAUCAAAACAAGGUAAUUCGUACAAUUCGGCAGGGACACAGAAUAACCACAGUGAGAACAUUCCUAAACAGCGGACCAUGUCUCUGGGGGACGUACGAAGGUCAGCAUUUUACCGUAUCAACUCCCACACCCCCUCCAUUCCGUCCUCACCCUCCAAUCAAAGGGACACUUACAUUGACAUAGACAGCCUCAUAGCCAAUGACAUACAUGCCCAUCAGGCGGAAGAGGAUGAAUUGGCCUUUCCAACGCUGGAAGGAUACAGACGUCAUGGUCUAACCCACAGCUUCCCCAGCGCCCCCUACACAACACUGAAACACUUGAGUGAGAAAAGUAUAUGUUCCUCUUUGUUAGGACUAGUCCUGUUUCUUUUAGCCGGCUUUGUGCUUUUUUUACCGCUGGCAGCCAUACUUUUAGUCCUAUGCCCCUUGUGUUUCUUGUUAAAAAAAAUAUUUUCUUGUUGUUGUUGCUAUGGAAACAAGUGCCAAUGUGGAACUCUCCUAUCCCGGAAGGAGAGGGCAUGGGCAGAAAAUUUGGAAACCAGCUCUGUUGUAUAUCAGUGUGUCGUUAUUGUGGAAUAUGGUCUGACCACAUACAAAAUCCGAGAGUUGGUGAGAAAUCGUCUAAUCAAGGCAACAGAUAAAAGUGGAAACAGACUGUAUCCAAAAUUUACCAAGAAAAUUGUGCAGACGUUUUCUGGACCAACAUGGAUUCAGGAUGAUGGUUUCCUUAUCAAUAAUCAUGUGUUCAAUAUGCCUUCCUCAAUAGAAACUAUGGAGGAUCUACAAGAAUAUAUAUCUGAUUCUAGUUCAAAACCUCUGUCUAUGCAUCAUCCUUUGUGGGAGAUCCAGGUUCUAACAGACUUUGCUGACCAGCGAGACACUGUUGUGUUGUUACGUAUACAUCCAUGUAUCGCUGAUGGAAUCUCACUUGUACAACUUCUGUAUAAGGCAAUUGUUGACAUGGAAUCUAUCACCAUCGCUAUGCCAAAAUUCUCAAGUCGUCGGUGUUUCUGUAAUGCUGUUCAGGCUUUCUUUAGUGGUCCCUUGGUGUUUUUAAAACAGUAUGUGUUCAAAGAACAAGACUUCAACAUGUUGCAUGGUCAGCACAUUCACACGUCGGGUAAACAGGUUGUUGCUUGGUCAGAGCCGUACAGCCUGGAACAAGCCACACGUAUUUCACAGGUGACUCGUUCCACCCUGAAUGAUAUUUUUCUGUCCGUCACGGCAGGCUGUCUACGAAACUAUCUACAAGUGAAUGGUAUUCCCAACCCAUAUGACAUGAAGGCCCUAGUACCAGUUCACUAUCACUCAGGACCUUCGCCCCUACAUCUUCACAACAAUGACUGUCUCUUCAUCCCCGUCUCAAUUCCGUCAAACACCGAGGGUGCAAUCCCUCGUCUCUGGCGGGUCAAACAUAUCAUGGACAAGGUUGGCAGUCUGGCAUUUUUCUCGGUCACACAAGGGGCCCUCUUGUUGUCUUCCACAGUAUUGCCUCAGCGAUGGCUAUAUUCCAUGUGGCGUUCAUUGUAUAGUAAAUGUACAUGUAUCAUCUCUGAUCUUCCAGGACCUGAGACAACCUUGAAAAUAGCCUCUAAGCAAAUAAAAUCUGUAAUAUGUUGGAUGCCACCCGUACAUCAGGUUGCCGUGGCAGUCUCAUUCUUUACCUAUGGUGACCAGGUGAGGAUGUCCGUCAUGGCUGACCGGUCAGUCUUGCCAAAUCCAGAAAUGCUGACCAAGGAUUUCAUUUCCAUUAUGAACGACCUGUCCAGUCUACUGGCCAAUCGAAGGAUUCCUGGUGAACAACUCUCCAAGAAAAUGGAAGUUCACCAACUGGACUGUGAGAUCCAUGCCGAGCCCACCGUGGAACAGAUCCAAAUAAGGAUGACCAUUAUUCAACAAGAGAUACAGGAACUCAAAAUCCAGCUCGAUCUUGAUGGUCGUCAUUCCAGCUCCGAGACGAAACUCCGUCGUAAGAUUGAGGCCUUGAAGGAACAGUUUCGGGAGUUGCUGGUUGAAAUGCGCCAAAGAAAGGCGGCUGAGGAGGAGAAUGCCAUGAUUCUCACCGACGAGGACCCUGAAAUUGAAGAUGAUGAAGACAAUGACCUCCGACGACCUUUCCGGCGUCGGACACUUUCCAUCAGUUCCCGAAUGUCUAGAAUGUCCACCAUGUCAACAUCUUCCACCGCUCGACCUCUUGCUUCACCAUCGGUUGUCAUGGACAUGUACAACGAUGCAGAUACUUGGUCACAGUCAUCCAGAAUGGAUGGAAUAAGCAUAGGUAUGACAGGAGGGCGACAGACGUUGCCAAGGAGAACACAACACAGGAAAGAAGAAUUUGAAAUUCUUGAAUAUGCACAUUCACCCUCCAUGGAAAGGCGAAUAAGGACAGCAUAAAUUGGAAAUAAUUGUGCACAAGAUGGAUUGAUUCAGAAAAUUUUUGUGUGACAUAAAGAGAUUUGGAAGAUUAACCAAUGGAAUAUAGAGAUUAAAUUCACCAUUGAGAAAUAAAGAGCAUUUCACUAGUGAGAUAGGGAGGUCUAGAAUAUCUAACAGUCAUAUAUAAAGUGGAAUUUUCAGUUGUGAAAUAAAAAGAUAUGGAAUAUUCACUUGUGAAAUGGAAAGAUUUCAGCCAUGAGAUUUUAGAGAUUUGGGAUCUUCACUUGUAAAAUGGAAAGAUUUCAGCCAUGAGAUUUUAGAGAUUUGGGAUCUUCACUUGUGAAAUGGAAAGAUUUCAGCCAUGAGAUUUUAGAGAUUUGGGAUCUUCACUUGUGAAAUGGAAAUAUUUCAGCCAUGAGAUUUAGAGAUUUGGGAUCUUGUGAAAUGAAGAUACCUAAAAUCUUCACUUGUGAGAUAUAGAGAACAGGAAAUUUAAUAUGUGAGAUUAAGAGAUCUGGCACACUAUCUAACGAGAUAAAUUCUAAAAUACUCACCUGUGAGAUUCAGUUUUAAAUACUUAACUGAGAACAAUUUGGAAUACUCACCUGUAUAAAAUAUUUUGGAAUGCUCAUCAAUGCGAUAGAGAGGAUACCCUGUAAUUAUUUCUGACUUGUUAAAUACAGAUUGUGAAGACAUCCAUGUAUCAAUAAAAUGAAAGUUAUGAAUACUCAUCUGUGAAAAAUUAUUGUGUAGUUAUACACAAAUAGCAGAAUUUGUGUAAAAAUAUUGCCCUUUGUAGGGAGUGCUUUAUAUUGUAGGGAAAGUUUCCUUUUACCUUCGUCUGACAUUUAAGAGACUUUGCUCAGAAGGUAUGGAAUGCAGUAGCAAUAAAUUAGGUAUACAAAAUGUAUGUUGUGUUAAAAUAUUGAAUAAAGUUAUUGAUAAUACCCUAAAAUUGAAGAUAAGUGUGUCCUGAAAGUAAGUCAUGGAUUCCUUAUACAGAAACUUAUUUUAAAAUAAGCUGGUUUUAAAAACAAGCCUGUCACAACUAGGAUUAUUUAAAGUUGAAAUUAGAAUAUAUUUAUCUUGAUAAAUUUGACCACAGAAAAAUUUAUAUUGCAACUUGUAAAAUGAAAUCAAAUUUUUUUUAUCCACUUUCAUCUGUACAUAUUUUUACUGUACGGGUGAUUUGAUAUCAAUUAACAGGAGGCAAUUCUGUAUUGAAAAUAAGAUUACCUUGAAAAUAAGAUUACCUUGAAAAUAAGAUUACCUUGAAAAUAAGCAGUUGCAAAAAAUAAGCCAGUAAACUUUUACAUUACAGAAACAAAUAAAAUUACAGCUUUUGAUUGUUAAGAUUUUGUAUUUGACAUUGUACAUGAACUUGUAAACGAUGUGUUAUAUUUUGAAUAUUUUUUUCAAAUCAUCAGGCUUGAAUUUAGAAAUCAGAGAAAUUUUUUAUGUCUUAACUUUUUCUGAAAAAAAAACCCAUCAGAAAUCUAUAAAGACACUUGAUUGAACAUGAGUGUCUGGCCUUAUAAAGGUGCCACUGUAUUUGUUUUCUAUGCAGAUUAUUAGAAAGACAAAAUAUGGAGAUUGUUUUAUAUGUAAUAUUACAGUUUAUAAGGUUGUCAGUUUUAGAUUGACUAUGAGAAUUACAUAUACUGGGAAAGAUAUUAUGGACAAUAGACUGUAAUGUUAAUCAGGGUUGUAUAAUUGGUUGAGAAAUAGUGGAUUCCAGAUCAUAAGUUUGUAAAAUCUCUAGUUUAGUUGAUAAGAAAUACUCCUAAUAGAAAAUUAGUGAAAUCAGAGGCCAAAUGUAUUUUUCUGUUUUAUUUGUGUUUUUUCUAUCCUGUUCAAAAUAUGUGAAUAACUAUGAGGUGCUAUCCCAAAUUUUCCUGAAUGGUGUUAGUUAAGUUGAUAGUACUGUCAUUUUCACAUCAAACAUGACCAUCAUUGGUAAACUUGUUAAAAGGAAAAGUCAGAAUUUCAAAAGAACUGUAAGUGUUCUUGCCAUUAAGUGUAGAAGUUGAGAAUACAAGAAAUUUUACUAGCCUCAGCUAGUUGUAAUUUCCGUUGGGUUAAAAGUGGCUAGAAACCAAAGAAUGGCUAGUUAAAAUCACCAUGGGAGCAGAGAAUUUUUCAUUGCUCCAUCUUAUUACCAAAGCUGUUAAAACAAUGUUUGUUUAUUUUUACACUGUGUGAUCCAUAAAUGUGUACAAUAUAGAUGAUUUUACCAGUGUCAAGUUGGGACUGAAUUUGUGUCAUAAGGGAGGUAACUCAAAACAGACACAUGCAAUAAACAAAAUAUUCUACAAAGUAUUUACAAGGUGAUGACUCCAGAUAUUGUCUUCUCAAGAAGUUACUCCAAAUAAGCAGAGGCUAUAGUAACUUGCUCUUUAACAACACUAAAAUUUGAAUUACUACUACAUAACGUUACUGAAAAAUUUAUUUUUAACAAAAACAAAAAAAAAAUCUUAGUUCAUUUACGAUAUCUUCAUUCAGUAGUAUCAUACUAAAUCCAUCAAAAUUAUGGUUUAGAUAGAAAAUGGUUUUAAUAAAAUCUAUCUCCCAGUAGUAAAGCAAGCAAUUUAGUCCUCAAUAUGACCAUGGUCAUAGCAAUAAACAGCUAAGAUAAUGUGGGUUCAGCUCAUCAGCAUUCUAUUGUAUAUGGCUCUUGUAUUUACAUGCUGUAUCAGUUUUCAACUGAUCAUUGGUUUUCAUAUGUCUUCUUGUGUGUUUUUCACUUCAUAAUACCUGGAAGGAGGUGUAUAUGAUUAUAUAGUUGUACAAACAUAUUGUAAUAUAUUUAUUAAAAGGAGUGUAAGAAAUCUGUUGUCUUCGUGAUGCAUAUCUAGCCUGUACAUUGUGUGAUAAAAUUUACCAUAAAUGUUUGUAUAUAUAGACUUAAGUGUGUACAGUAUUGAAUAGAUCCAUGUGCCAGAAUUCAGAAUGUUUGGUGGAAUUAGUUAGCUUAGGAUCAUAUUUAUUUAAAAAAUAUAAAACGUAUACAUAUAUUUGAAUGUUGACCUUUGACCUUAAGCUGGCCUCAAAGUCAAAGGGUCGUAAUAAAUAUUGAGUGGUCUUCAUUGUUUGUGCAUAUGUAUAUACUUUUGUUUAUUGUACAACAUCUGAACAAAUAAACUCUACAGCAUGAAUAUGAAACUAGACAAUACAAUCAUAAUGUAGUGAGUUAGCAUUGAAAAAUAUGCAUUAUCUCCCUUUAUCUUAUAACUGAAAAGAUUUGCCAGUUUUGGGUUAGAAAAUUUACAAAAAAACAAACAACUUGAACAACAUAAUGAGUAGAGAAGACACAUUAUUUCUGUCAUUUUUUUCAGCUGAACAUAAAAUCAUUUUGCUGUAUGUUUUUGUAAAACCUGCAAAAUGUUAAACAAUAUGGACAAGAAACUAUGGACUGUCCGAACAGUAGACAAGCACAGUUUAAUGAUAUUUAAUGUUGAGAAAGUUAUUUACUACAGGACCUAUUGUAUCAUAUUGUUUCUGUAAUGAUUGUCAUAAUUUUAAUUGAAAAACCUUAAAUUAAUGGAGAAGGUGGAUUAGACUGUGUUAUUUUUAUCAUAUCUUCAGUUUGAAAUGUAAAUGUGUGUGGAAUUUUUUUUAAUCAUGUGUCAUGUAUUUUAUUGUUACCGUUUUGUUCUUUGAACUGUAUGACACAGAAAUAUUUGGUGUUUACUGGCGUGAAGUCAGUUUAUGUUACAUAUGGUGUUACCUGGUGUGAGGUCAGUUUAUGUUACAUAUGGUGUUACCUGGUGUGAGGUCAGUUUAUGUUACAUAUGGUGUUACCUGGUGUGAGGUCAGUUUAUGUUACAUAUGGUGUUACCUGGUGUGAGGUCAGUUUAUGUUACAUAUGGUGUUACCUGGUGUGAGGUCAGUUUAUGUUACAUAUGGUGUUACCUGGUGUGAGGUCAGUUUAUGUUACAUAUGGUGUUACCUGGUGUGAGGUCAGUUUAUGUUACAUAUGGUGUUUACUGGUGUGGGGUCAGAAUGUGGCCAUUAAUUGCACCAGUCCUUUAUGGAAUCACAGUACUCUUACAUACUAUGCAUUUGUUGUUUAUGUUAAGAAUUUUCAGUUUUUUCCUUUCCAGUUUCUAGCAAAGAACAUUUUAAAUCCUGUAACAGGAUAAAAUUUUUUUUUUUAAAUUAACAAAAAAUUGUUAUUCAGUUAAUUCAAAUUAUAAAAUGGCAACAGUAGCAAUAAACUUCUAAAACAUUUCUUUCAUAUCUUGACUAAACAAGACAUAAAUGACAACACCAUUACAGAUACCUGAUCAAUCCUUUGUAUUUUUAUAACCCCGUCCCUACUCCAGAUUUUUUCACCAAAUUCAAAAUUUGGUUGACUUUUUAACAAAUAUUACAAGGUCCUAUGGAUAUUUGCUUAAAACAAAUCCAUUAUCACACAGAUGUGCAUAUGAAGGUAAUUUGGUGUGUGAUAUCGGCCCUGUAUACCUCAUAUUUUAGCUCUUAUUUUUCAUGGAAUUUUUUUCUUUCUUUCUUUACUUAUUUGUCUUAAUUUGAAAAAAAAAUCAUUCAUUGUGUGCUUCAUCUUUGUUCAUGUAAAUAUGCAUCUCCGCUCGAAGGCAAUUUCAUACAAAACAUACAUUUUGUGAUAGAAAAUUCAGAUUCGUCAACCCAUAUGUAAGAGUCUAUUAACUUUCUCAUCAUCAUACACAUGGAUUUCCUCUACAGCUGUUGUUAGAGUAAUGUUGCCAUUUGUCUUUGUGAUAACUGCCACAGUACACACAUGGCACAAACAAGGUUCAAGUUGGAUCUGAAAGUUCUAUGUAUAUAAUUGUGUGGCAUUUACAUUUGUAUUACAUAUGAGUGAACAGCAAUCUCAUGUGUGUACUACAUAUGGAUGUUAGCCACAUAUGUGUAUCUAAAUAUUGAAGCUUAGUAUAGUUACUGGAAUUACUAUCUUGUAAUACUGUAGCUGUAUUUUAGGAUUUGUGAUACGUUUUAGUAUUGAUUCUCAAAUUAAUUUGCUUUUAAAUUUUGGUAGAAUAAGAAAGGGUAUGUAAAAUAACAAAUCAAAAGGGAAACUUUGUGUAUUGAAAAACAAACUUUCAAAAAAUUGAAGUUUACAAUAUCAGUUUUGUAGGAGAAUAGUAAAGAGAAAUAACAGCUCCAUUGAGUAUAUAAUGGUACAUACAGAUGUGUUGCAUGUACAGGUUUAUAGUAUUGACUACAUACAGUAUGUAUUACAUACAAAAAUGUAUUUCAUACAAGUAUGACAUACAUAUAUGUUUAGGGAAAUGUACAAUAGACAUAAAUUUAAUACAUACAAGUAUGUACUAGGUUUUUUUUUAAUGUAUGUGUGUACUACAUGCACUGGAGUGAUGUGUGUAGAUGUUGAUUGCAUGCCAGUGUGAACUGUCCAGCGACAGUAGGUUUGUAUGAAGCUAGAAACUCUCUCCUGUUGUAAUACACCAGAUUAGUCAUCUGGUCAUUUAAUAAAUCAGUUUUGCCCCAAAAUAA